UGCCUGGAGCAAACUGCUCAAUAUUUGGGUGCGGCGUGUCACGAAAGCCAAAAUACCAAGGGAUCGGUAUUUUUAAAAUUCCACCUUCCCAUAAAAAAAAAAAACAUCAACAACAACAACAACAACAACAACAACAAGGAAAGCUGGAGAAAGGCGUCACUGCACGUUGUAACGAGAGACAGGGUUGUCGACGCAAGUUUCCGAAAACAAAUAGAAGAAGGGAGUGUGUUCAUUUGCGAGAGGCAUUUUACGCCAGAAGACAUCGAAAUUCGUAAGUUUCAGUCCUUUUCGUAUUUAUUCUUCUAUUAGAAUAAUCUUUUUGGAAGUUUCAAAGUUGAAAUAUACGAGGUAGUUGACGAAAGAGUGUUAAUAACUCAGGCUAAUAACAAGGCUUGAGGUCAUGAUGACCCUAACUUUUUUCAAUCCUCAUACGACUUUAAGUUCAAUCUGAAGCGUAAACUCGUCAAGGAUUUUUUUGAAGAUUCUGAAGUAUUUUACCAUGUUAAUUAAAUUUUGGAGUGAAUAUUUUUCUUAGAGUUUUUAUGUAGGUUUUUGAAUUAAUUUAAUUAAAUUAUACUUCUGAUAAAAUAUCUUUGGAAAUAUUUUCAGCGUAUUAUUUUUAGGUUUUUACUACAGUAAACUAUUAUUGAAUUAUUAGCUUUGAAAAGCUUCUUUGAAGAAAGUCAGUGAAGUACGCAUGUAUAUACGUAAUUUUAUACUGCAGUGCUUUUUAGGUUUUGAAUAGAUAUAUGCUUGUUUUUUUGUAGCUUUGGUAACUUGUUUUCAGAUGAAACAUGGCAAAUUCUCCGAACUGGUGCAGUUCCCACUCUCAAUAUACCAAUUAAAAGUCAUGCAAGUGAACAAAGCGACGUCUUGCCUCCUCGUGAAUAUCUCACUGUACAUGUUGAUGAUAAAGCCAAACCUACAGUUCCUUCAGUAUGUAAACCCUGUUUUAAGAAUGUAGGUGACUUCAUAAAGCAUAUUGAUAGUCUUAAGUUGAGUGGUUUGACUAGGUCAACAAAAGAAGAUAACAGUUCUAUAGCGUUCAGCAUGUUUGAUGGUAUUCACCAUCUGCUGAAGUAUCAAGUAACUGUGGAUUCAAACCUGAGGUUUGUUGUGUCAGUAUAUGGUUCGUUUCUUCCUGACAACCACCCAAUUUACUUAACGAAAAAACGUUCAGUCAGAUUUACCACGGCUUUUCCACUGUUGUCACAAGUUCAAGAACUUCAGCUUUGUGCUGGUCUUUCCAAGUUUGAUGAUAGCAAAAUUCAGGAUCCUGUUGCGACAUAUAGGCUCAUGCGGCACUCAAUAUCAAAGAUUAUUGAUCCUUUGGACUUUGAAUCAUCACCUGCAAUCCACUUUCAUUAG